CCAAGCAGUAGUCUUAGCCUUAAAAGCGGGAAAUUUCACACUUGAUUGUUUAAUUGACUAAUAUUCUCGGUUUACGAUAUGCAAAUAAAUAUAAAAUUUGUUAUUCUAAUUUUAUUUAUGUUUUUUUGUGAAGUGAAUUUACAGUUUAAUUUCUUCAAUAAUAACGGCUUCAAUAACGGUUUUCGAGCACUAGAUCCAAGCCGCAUACAAUUUCCUACAGAAUUUAACAGACCAUUUCCUACAGAGUUUAAUAGGCCACCAGUGCCACCUUGGGCAUUUGGAUUCGGUAAUCGUUUUCCGCCUCAUCCACAGCCUUGGUUGCGACCACAUCGCCCACAUAAAGAACGAUAUCGUGAUUUUGCAAUAGUCUUUCGUGACCUUGACAAUAAAACCCGUUCAGAUAAAGAAUUCGAACAGGAUAUGAAUGAUGACUUCAAUGGCAGAUCUGUGGUAGCACCCGGACAAUAUCCUCACAUGGCGGCACUUGGAUUUCGUUCGAAUAAUUUUGGAGUUGAAUUCAAGUGUGGAGGUAGUCUAAUAAGCGAAAUGUUUGUUUUAACUGCUGCGCAUUGUUGUAAUUUGAAUGGUCAAGUACCAACUGUCGUGAAAUUAGGUGACAUCAAUCUUAAGGAACGUGAAUUCGAUAAUGAACCCCAACGUCGUAGAAUUGUCGAUAUAAUCUUACAUCCAUUUUAUAACUCUUCAUAUUAUUAUAAUGAUAUUGCUCUUCUACAACUUAGUCGACCUAUUGAAUACACGCACUUCGUGCGUCCUAUUCGAUUAUGGGCUGGUGAAAAUAUACCAUACGAUAAGGUGUUCACAAUGGGUUAUGGUUCGACAAGUUUUGCUCAGGCACCUACAAAUAUUCUAACAGAAUUAAAUUUAACAAUUGUCGCUCUGAAUGAAUGCAAUCGGACAAUGCCACCGGAUACUGGAGCACCUUUUGGCAUAGUUGAAAGUCAAGUUUGUGCUAAGGAUUUUGAAAGAAAUCGUGAUACAUGUCAAGGUGAUUCUGGUGGUCCAUUACAAUUGAACUUGGAGCGAAGAAGAAGACCUGGUCGUUUUCGUUAUUAUUUGGUUGGUAUAACGUCAUAUGGCGCCUUUUGCCGUAGUCAAUAUCCUGGGAUUUAUACAAGAGUAUCAUUUUAUAUUGAUUGGAUAGCUUCAAUUGUUUGGCCAGGUUAUUUUGAAAAUUUCAAAUGAAUUAUAUUAUUAAUUAAAUCAAAU